AUGGAGAAAAGGGGAAGAGAAUCUCUCAUAUGUGUGGGCUUAUUGUGCCUAAUGGUAACCCUAACAGAGUCCAAGACUGUAACCAUACCAGUAGGAGUGAUUCUGGAUUUGAACUCAUCACUUGGUAACACCACUCUCAACUGCAUCGACCUCGGACUCUUCGACUUCAACUCCACGCAUGGUUCCUACGCGACCAGGCUCCAACUCCAUUUCAGGCAUUCUGGAAACGAUCUCCUCACUGCAGCUAGUGCAGCUUGGAAGCUAAUAAAUAAAAGAAAGGUGCAUGCAAUCCUGGGACCUCAAAACUCAGAGCAAGCAAGGUAUGUUGUAGAAUUUGGUUACAAGACUGAUGUACCAGUGAUUUGGUUUUCUCCAUCUGGUCCAUCUCUGUUGCCACCUCGUACCCGAUUCUUCAUCCACUCCAACUCCACCAGAAGCCAUUGCUCUCAGUUCGAAGCUAUAGCAGCCAUUAUCGAAGCUUAUGAUUGGCAGUCUGUGAUCCCCAUUUAUGAAGAUCCAGAAUUCGGCAACGACCUCAUUCCAUGCCUCUCUUAUGCCCUGCAAGACACGGACACUCGAAUGCCUUACAUAAGUGUCAUCAAUCAAACUUCCACGGAUUCUCAAAUCGCCGAUGAGCUUAACAAGAUAAAAGCCCAGCGAACAUUUGUGUUUGUCGUUCAUAUGUCUCUGGAGCUUUGGUCAAUAUUUGUGGAACAUGCCAAAAAUGCGGACAUGAUGAGCGAAGGAUACGCUUGGAUACUUACGCAAGGCCUGUCUUCUGUGAUGAAUCCCGAAGCUUUAGAUGUCAGAAUGAAAGGCUAUAUGGAUGGGGCUUUGGGUGUGAGGCCAUUCGUGUUAUCCAACUUAACUAAGCGCCUUUCCUUAGUUAGAAAAUUAAAGUCUGAGUACAAUAAAACUCUUUCUCUAAAUGGCUUGUGGGCUUAUGACACUAUCACAGCAUUGGCCAGAGCCGUAGAGAAGGCCGGCUUAGUCAGUUUUAAUGAAAGUGGAGCUGAUCUUCGCAACGAAACAGGCCCAGAACUUCGCGGAGCAAUUCUGGAUACUGAUUUCGUUGGCUUGUCAGGGAAUUUCAAUUUGAGGCAAGAACAACCAGAACAAUCACAUGUUGUGGUAUACAAUGUGCAAGGCCAAAAAGAAAGGACAAUUGGAUAUUGGAGCCCCGAAAAAGGACUUGUUCGAAUGCAAAGUGUACGUGGUGAACCAAUAUGGCCGGGUAACACAAAGGAGAUCCCACCCAAGUUGAAAGUUGGGGUCCCAAAGACGCAUUUUACUGAAUUUGUUGAUGUUAAUGGGAGUGUAGAAGGGCAGCAUGUAUCAGUUGCUGGCUUUGCUGUUGAUGUAUUUAAGCAAGUGGUUGGCCUCUUGCCAUUACCUAUACAUUAUGAGUUUGUGCCUUUGUACAACAGUGAUGGAAAGCUGACUCCCUUCAGCUAUGAUGAUCUUCUCUGCCAAUUCGCAGACAAGAAAGUUGAUGUUGAUGUUAUAAUUGGAGACAUCACAAUUGUAGUGAAUCGCACAGAUUAUGUUGAUUUCACAAUGCCAUAUUUAGAUUCAAGUGUGUCCAUGGUGGUAAAGUUGUAUCAACUUGUUGCUCGUACUGAUCUAUGUGACACUUUGUUGUGUGUGGUGAUUGCAGAUGUUGGGUUUUUGAAAAGUGGCACAUCUAGAGUGCUGGUGAUAGUGGUCAUGUUUAUAUUGACCAUAGCGCUGCAAGUUUAUACAGCAAAUUUAACAUCAAUUUUGGCAGAUAGGACAAAGCCAAAGCCUCCUCCAUGGAAGGACGUGCAAGAGAUUAGAAGGGGCAAUCGGACAGUGGGAUAUCAAAAGGAUUCCUGGAUGAGAGGGUUUCUGAUUGACCAAUUAGGAUUGAAGGAUGAUCAGUUAAGGGCUUUUACAAGCCGUAAAGAGUACAAGGAUGUUUUAUCAAAUGAAGACAAAGAAAAGGGAGGAGUGGAUGCUAUUUUUGAUGAAACUCCUUAUCUCAAGCUCUUCCUUUCCCAAUGCCCUUCUUGCCAAAUGGUAGGACCAAUAUACAAAGCGGGUGGAUUUGCCUUUGUGAGCAUUUCCAAAGAACUCUACCUUGGUCUCGAAUUUUUCAACUGCAAUAUUGGAAGUGACUCAAAAUGUGACGAUGUUUCGUGA